AUGUCGGCCAUCUUGUCCGCCGACGACCUCAACGACUUCAUUUCUCCCGGUGUCGCCUGUAUCAAACCUGUAGAGACCCUCCCGAAACAACAACCACAAGAGAAUGCCUACGAAGUUACGACCGAAGACAAAAUCGCUGCCGCCGAAGCCCCUCCAGCCAGUAUUUCCUUGACCGAUUGCCUCGCAUGUAGUGGCUGCGUGACUUCAGCAGAGGCCGUCCUCGUCAGUCUGCAGUCACACCAAGAGGUCCUGAACACACUCGACGCAUACCCGGAACUCCGCUUGCCCUGGACUGCUCAAGGCGAGUCCCUGCCCGGCCCCUCGGAUGGGAAGGUCUUUGUCGCAAGCGUGUCACCUCAGACUCGCGCCAGCAUUGCAGCAACAUAUAGUAUUUCUGAGGCUGCUGCCACAAACAUGAUUCAACAACUCCUCUCUGGCCCGGCUGGUCUGCGAUCGGGUGGUUCAAACAACAGUGGCUUUUCCUGGGUCAUUGACACCAACGUCAUGCGCCAGGCUGCUCUGGUCGCUGCAGCCGACGAGGUCAUGGACUCCCUAGCCCCCUCGGCCAAACACACAACCGACUUUAGUGGAUCACGCGCCGAGAAACCGAAGAAGCCUAUCCUCGCCUCUGCCUGCCCUGGUUGGAUCUGUUACGCUGAAAAGACACACCCUCACGCAUUGCCGCACAUGUCACGACUGAAGUCGCCACAAGCCUUGACAGGCACAUUGAUCAAGAGUGUCCUUGCAAGGAAAUAUGGAAUCAACCCCGAGAAUGUAUGGCACAUGGCAAUCAUGCCUUGUUUCGACAAGAAGCUGGAAGCGUCAAGAGAAGAGUUGACGGACAUACACUGGUCUCCCGAUGGCACAAACACCGAGCGCAAGGGCAUCCGUGAUGUUGAUUGCGUAAUCACUGCUCGUGAGCUACUCAUGCUCGCUGAAAGUCGUGGUAUCUCCUUCCCUCAACUACCGCGGAAGCCUCUAUCAAGACAACACCGGACUUCUUUUCCCGACCCUAAACUGGACCGUUUCCUCUUCCCUUCCACUUCUACCUCAAACGGUUCGAGAGAUGCUGGCACUAGUGGUGGAUAUCUCUGGCACGUCAUGCAAACGUAUCGCGCACAACAUCCAGGCAGUCAAAUUACCACUCAACGAGGUCGCAAUGCUGAUGUGGUCGAAUAUACACUGGUCGACUCCGAAAAUGCUGCUAUUGUGAGAACUGCCAGAUAUUACGGUUUCCGCAACAUCCAGAACUUGGUUCGCCGACUUAAGCCUGCACGCGCAUCACGUAUGCCAGGCGCAGCGAGUAGACUCGGUGGUGCUCGCAAGCCUGGUGCAGCGGCGGGAUCGGCAGGAAGUCAGAACAUGAGUGAUUACGCAUAUGUGGAAGUCAUGGCAUGUCCUGGUGGCUGCACAAAUGGCGGCGGUCAAAUAAAGGUUGGGGAUGUAGGAGCUCUGGCAGGCAGUGGUGUAGAGAAUGGAGGCGAUCAGAUAGUCGCGCCUCAACAGAAAGAAUGGUUGCAAAGGGUGGAUGAAGCAUACUUUUCAUCAUCGUCUGCGUCGUCAUCGCCAGCGCCCUCAGACACAGAAGACGAGGGCGCCGAGGAUGUAGAUGAUGGAUCCGCAGUCACAACAGCAAAUUCAUCUGCCAAUGGCGAUGUUGAGCUGGAAGACGCAGAAGAUGCUUCGUUGGUGGAUGGUAUCUCGCACUCGAAGAUUAAGGACAUCUUUUCACAUUGGUCCGAACUUACGGGCGUGGCGACGGAUAAGCUAGUGUAUACCUCCUACCGCAAGGUGGAGAGUGAUAUUGGCAAAAGCACCACUGAUGUAGAAAGAGUGGCUGGUCUUGCCAGUACUAUUGGUGGUGGAUGGUAG